UGUAAGCUAACGACGAUGAGGCGCCUCAUAUUUUUUGUAUUAAUCGCCGUCGCUCUCGCCGAGGAAAGGCCAAUGUAUACUACGAAAUACGAUAAAUUCGAUAUCGACUCGAUCAUCAAGAACGAUAGACUUUUCAAGAAUUAUAUUGACUGCCUGAUGGAUGAAAAACCGUGCACACCCGAAGGGAAUGAGUUCAAAAGAAAUUUACCGGACGCAUUAGAAACAGGUUGUGCUAGUUGCAGUAAAGCACAGAAGACAAUGGCAGAGAAAUUCUACCAUCAUGUAAUCGACAACAGAAUUGACGACUGGAUGAGACUAGAAAACAAAUACGAUCCUCGCGGUAACUACCGGAAAAACUACCUCGGGCUGGACAUUGAGACCACCACUGUUGCUCUUUGAAGUAAUCAAUCUUCCACAUGUAUAUGAUGAACCCCACCUCACAGCAAUAAAUAGAUUUUUCUCUCUUUUCUUCAAGUGUUUUUUCAAAUGCUUCCAAUGAAGUCAAUUUUCCUUCUAAACUA